AUGCAGUGCUUCAGCUUCAUCAAGACCACGAUGAUCCUCUUCAACAUGCUCAUCUUUCUGUGUGGUGCGGUCCUGUUGGCAGUGGGCAUCUGGGUGUCAGUCGACGGACCAUCCUUCAUGAAGAUCUUCGGGCCACUAUCAUCCAGUGCCAUGCAGUUUGUCAACGUGGGCUACUUCCUCAUCGCAGCUGGCGCUGUGCUCUUCGCUCUUGGUUUCCUGGGCUGCUAUGGUGCCCAGACUGAGAACAAGUGUGCCCUCAUGAUGUUCUUCUUCAUCCUCCUCGUCAUCUUCAUUGCUGAGGUUGCAGCUGCUGUGGUUGCCUUGGUGUACACCACAAUGGCUGAGAACUUCCUGACGUUGAUGGUAGUGCCCACCAUCAAGAAAGAGUACGGUUCCCAAAAAGACUUCACCCAAGUGUGGAACUCCACCAUGGAAGGGCUCAAGUGCUGUGGCUUCAACAACUACACAGAUUUUGAGGACUCUCCCUAUGUAAAAGAGAACCACGUCUUUCCCCGAUACUGUUGCUUUGACCAUGGCAAUGGCACAUUUGUGGAACCCUGCACUAAGGCCCAUGCCCAGGACCAGGAAGUAGAGGGUUGCUUCAAUCAGCUUCUGUAUGACAUCCAAACCAAUGCAGUUACCGUGGGUGGUGUGGCAGCUGGAAUUGGGGGCUUGGAGCUGGCGGCCAUGAUUGUGUCCAUGUAUCUGUACUGCAAUCUGAAAUAA